AUGGCGAUCGACAGCCCAGUGUACGUGGCUGCCGGGCUCACCUGCCUGCUGGGAAAGAUUCGAUCGUAUGAAUCGCUUGGGCCGCUCACUCAUCGCUCUGGGAUUCCUGCUCCGUUUAUCACGCACGAGCAAUGCGUUGACGUGGAAACUGACAUUCCUCUCACUCAAGCAAACGCAACACAAUUGGUAAAGCGCGCGGCGGACUUCAGGAGGCGCUACGACCAACUGGCCUGGAACAUCCUCAAGCUCAUGAACAGCGACCCAGGCGGAAGAUGUUACGGCCACCUCGACUGGGCGCUGCUGGACCGCCGGGAGUGGGCGGGUGGGCCCACUCGUGCGGACGACGGUUGCCCGCAUGUGCAGAAUGCGCAGCCAGGGUACUGAACGGUUGCAUCUUGUUGAUAUAAUCGAGACACGGAUUACAGCCUGGCUGGCGACAGCAAGUCGAAAGGCUAAUAGUUUCCUAACACACGUCGGCUUGGACAGUGACAAAUACCGUUUGCAGCAUCCUGGUACAAACCGCCACAGGAUCACUGACACAGAGUUUCCCGAUGUGGAGUUCAGACGAUUCAAGAUGAAUUUCGCAACAGUGAGGAUUGGGGAGGGGUGGGGCCAGGUAGGCACCAGGUCAUGGGGGCGAUGCAUUUUAGGCAAGGAGGAACACGCUGACUUUUCUAUGCGGCAUGGACACGAAGGAUACACAUCGUUUCUAAGUAGGGACGUGAAUAAGAGCGUAUUGUACGCGGAAAAGAAAUCAAAAAGGCAACAGCGGUAUUCAAAAGUAGUAGCUUGGGUGUUGUGGGGGCUACAUUAGACUAUGGCAGCAUUUCAAGGGAUUACAAUCUGUGUUUUGAUGCACUCGGGUACCCCGAUACUAUUUCACGCUCGCCCAGGUAUUCUCACUUUGGUGCAGGCUACUCGCAUGCGCCGAAACGGUUCCAUUGGCAGUCGGCGUUGCAAAUUAUGCCUAUACGUUAGAUUCACGAGUAGUGUCGGGAUUGCAUUCCGAGGGGGGUGGCGGAUGGAGCUCUUCGUGGAUUCGGACUUCGCCAGCAAGGCGACCGACCGACGGCCUGUUUCUGGUGCAGUGAUGAUAUCCGGUCUGUGUUGUGUAUUUAGGUAGGACGCAAAAAGAGCGACAUUCACUCUUCGGUAGGCGGACUAUGUAGCCAUGGCUAAUGGGAUGAAAGGGGCUAGUUUUUAGCAGGUAGUCUCCGGCUCCAUCGACAUAUAGCCAACAACCCCGGCUGCCAUCACGAACCCGAAGCAUAUCGGCGUCCGCCGCCACUUGAACCGUGAGCGCGUAGCGCGUGGGGGGGUUGAGGGCGUCCACGUACGGUCGGGCAUGCAGAGCUCUGGUGUUCUCACCAAACCACGCCCCAAGGAGGUUUUCUGGGCGAACCGUGACAUCGUGACGGAACACUUAGUGAACUUUCGGUGUAGUAUUGCAUUUGCUUCUGUUCUAGCUGUAGGGAGAAUACUGUUCCUGAUGUUGGCAUUAAUGCAGUGCAUGGAAAACUCAAGCGAGUGGGGGGAGGGCGGCCAUAUUCUGUUUGUUCGCGGAGAUGGUAGCGAUCGCUCAUUUUUUUUUUACGAUUUGUUCGGAUGACUACUGGCGAGUUUGUUUUGUUUUUUUUCUGAGGAUUCUUGUGCUUCGAAGAAAGGAGCGCGCUCUACCCCUUUUUUCACGCCGUGCGUGCCACUACUGUCGCGCGUUUUUUUUCGCCUCGAUUCACAAGGUUUGAGAAAUUAUGGUAUUCUGGAAUAGUGUGUGGCGAAUUUGAUGGAUUCACACUUGAACUAUGGAUAAAAUUGAAUUUCGGAAAUGAAGUAGAUGAUGCAGAAUAAGAUCAUGUGUUGAGAGAGAAGCUCUCUUGACCAGCGGCGCGGUGAGUUUUGGUAGAGAUAACGUGUGAAGAGGUGAUCCAUAUGACCGACGUGUGAUAGGGAUAGGAAUUUGACGCCAGACGUUCAGGAGUUUUCGUAGAACACUUUUUAUUGGGAGAUCGACAGAUAGAUUUCGUAACAGCGCGUGUCAUUGGGAGAUCAUAUUGAUUUGAAUGAUAGAUUAUUUGAGUAGGCAGUAUGUGAAGAGUGGGAAGGGAAGAGUUCGGUC